CUGUUUGAUUAGCUUGUUACAUGUUCACGUGUGGGUGGACGGGAUAAAGUCAUUAUUCACACUGAUUUAGUAACUUUGGAUUUUCCCGUCCAGUAAACGCCACAAUAUAUAUUUUUUAAUCGGCUUCUUAAUUUUUCGCCGUGUUCUACCCUAAUCCAUUUCGUUGAAACAGCCUAGAGGAACUCCAGAACUGACAAAAAAAAUCCUCGUAUCUGCUUCCAUUCAGCACUGCUCUCAUUCUUUACCUUAGCCAUGCAACUCAUUCUUUCCUGUGUUUUCCUGGCAUUUUGGAGGGGAUUGGUCAAAGGGUACCGCUGUCCUCUGAAUGACUUCCAGCGUUCCGAGGGAAGGGAGCUGGUUCCGACCUCCUGGAACUCUGCACGGGUGCUGAUACUGCCAGGGCUGACGCUGGAGGACUGUGCCAGACGAUGCUCAAAUACACUGGACUGCAGAGCCUUCAACUACGAGACGCGUCCCUCCAUCACCUGUAAACAGCUGCCAUGGGUGGAGGAUGGCAGCAACGCAGAGGUCAAGAGGAACGUCAACUGUGACCUUUAUGAGAAGAAGGUCUACGUAAGAAAGUGCAUUGUGGGUAAAGGAGAAGACUAUCGAGGCAAGGUGUUCAUGACAAAAAGUGGCCAUACUUGUCAACAGUGGUGGUCAAAGUUCCCACACGAUCACAGAUGGACACCCACAGCCACUAAUGGCUUGGAGCUGAACUACUGCAGGAACCCAGAUGGGGACCGCAUCGGGCCGUGGUGCUACACCACUGAUCCAGAACGGCGUUAUGAGACCUGCAAUAUCCCCCACUGCAAAGAUGAGGUGUGUAUCACAUGUAAUGGGGAAGACUACAGGGGUCAGGUUGACCACACAGUGAGUGGCCGAGAGUGCCAACGUUGGGACCAGCAGUACCCACACCAACACAUCUACCAGCCUGAGAAGUAUCCAGAUAAGAGCUUGGAUGAUGACUACUGCCGUAACCCAGACGCCUCCCCUGUUCCCUGGUGCUACACCACAGACGCUGAUAUGGAGAGAGAGCGCUGCGAGAUCAGCAAGUGCUCUGUGGUUACAAAGAGACGCCUCCGGUCCAGCUACACCACAAACUGUUUCGAAAGGAAACCAUUUCUGUGGAGGCUCCCUGGUUAGCUCCAAAUGGGUGAUCAGCACUAAGCAGUGUUUCUCCUCUUGCUAUGUUGACCUUCCGGGGUACUCGGCCAUGAUGGGGACAUUGUUUCGUAACCCCACAGUAGGAGAGCCAGACCGACAGACUAUCCCUCUCACCAAGAUCGUCUGUGGACCCUCUGAGUCCCAGCUGGUCAUGCUACAACUGGAAUACCAUGCCCAGUUUAACGAGCGUGUGUCUCAGAUAUGCCUGCCCCCUGAACGCUACAUAGUUCCAGAAGGAACCCUCUGUGAGAUCGCAGGCUGGGGCGAAACUCAAGGCACUUCUACAGAUGACUCUGUGCUCAAUGUGGCUCAAAUACCAGUUCUAAGCAACAAGGAUUGUAACAACUACUUUCGGGGUCGUGUUCGGGAGAACGAGAUGUGCACCAACUCCUUCCAGGGUGGGGUGGGUGCCUGUGAGAGAGACUAUGGGGGCCCUCUCGCCUGUCAGAACAGUGACUGCUGGGUGCUUGAGGGAGUGAUCAUCCCCAUGAGGCGCUGUGGACACCCAGGCCAGCCUAACAUCUUCAUCCGUGUCUCUGUCUAUGUGGACUGGAUUAAGAAGGUCAUGGAGAUGGCUUAGUCACGAAUACAUUAUGUCACCAAGCAGUGACUGGCUCUAUGUUCUACUGGACUGCAAUAUAUUUAUCCACUCUCACCCCCCACCCAUAGCUCACAAUCCAUGACCACCCAAUUGUAAUCCGUGACCAUCUACAUAUACUCAGUGUAUAUUAACUAAUUGUAUCAAAUAUUAGGAACAAUAUUGAUUUUCCCUCAGAACAGUCUCAAUCCUUCGGGGCAUGGACUCUACAAGGUGUUGAAAGCAUUCGACAGUGAUGCUUGUUGAAUGCUGGCCCAUGUUGACUCCAGUACUUCCCACAGUUAUGUCAAGUUGGCUGAAUGUCCUUUGGGUGGUGGACCGUUCUUGAUACACACAGGAAACUGUUGACUGUGAAAAACACAAACCGAUGCACAUGGUACCUACUACCAUACCCUGUUCAAAGGCACAUAAAUAUGUUGUCUUUCCCAUUCCCCCACUGAAUGGUACAUAAACACAAUCCAUGUUUCAAUUGUCUCAAGGCUUAAAAAUCCUUCUUUAGCCUGUGUCCUCCCCUUCGUCUACACUGGUUGAAGUGUAUUUAACAAGUGACAUCAAUAAGGGAUCAUAGCUUUCACUUGGAUUCACCUGGUUAGUCUGUCAUGGAUUGAGCAGGUGUUCUUCAUUGUUUGUACGCUCAGUGUAUAAUGUGUGUUAUUCUACAAUCUUAUGACAAAAAUAUAAGAUAAAAUAACAAUGUUUUCCCUUGUCUUCUGUCUACGUGUCAAAAACAAUAUUAGGCAUUUUGAUCUGAACAAGAUAACCAUCAUCUUGUGGUGAUUACAUUACAUAUUGAACCUUGGCACUGACCUCAGGAUGUGCUUGUGAAGGACAUGCCUCCUUAACCUCAUGCUUCUCAACAGCGUUCCCACACCCUUCACUAAAACUGCUGACUUACACCCCCCACCCACCCCCCCCUCCAGUAUCCGAUGGAGCUCCAAAAUACCUUCUUGGCCCUCCAGCCUCUAAAGAAAUCCCUCAUCUGCCUGUUUUUUUUAUGCCUGCCCCCACCUCUAAAGACAUGCCUUUGUGCCUCAUGCAGAACAGUAUGUGUUGCACAUUCUUUCUGGUUCUAUAGGAGAUUUAUAACUCGGUCCUGAUGAGCCCACGGAAUUCAGAUUAAGUACACCUCAAGAUCAGAGUCCAGUGGAAUCUCACACACCAGCCUGCAGAGGGGCAGUGAACUAACUCUCUCCCUGUCUCUCCCUCUCUCUAACACUCACUCAAACACACACACACUUUAGCACAUUCUUAUUAUUAUACACAAACAAACAUAGAUACUCGCAUACCCACAUACACUGUUCACAAAUACACACAUACUCAUUUACACAUAGAACCAAGAUAAUUAAACAGACUAUUUGUGCACUCUGAUUCAACAAAUAAGUUUAGCAAAUGAGUGCUGAUUUUACUGGCUUCGGUCUGUUUCAGUGGCAGUUUGGCAGUUCAUGCUGCUCACUUUUGUGAAAUUAUGUUUAAUGACUAAUCAAAUACUUAUAUGACUUAUAGUAACUCAAAAAAUCUCCAGUCAUGCCCUCUUCUGACUACAUUUUAGAUGAAAGCAUUUUAUUCCAUGCUGCAGAGAACUUGUCAUUUCAAUUGAUCUUAUCAAUAUGAAUAUAUCACCUUGUUUUGAGCAAGCUGACUCAUUUGGCUUACAUGUCUUUUUUGGUCAUAUGGGGUUUUCUUUUCUGUAAAUUCGUUUUCUCUUCAUAACUGUUUGAGUAAUUCAUUGUUAUUCUCAAUAACUCAUAACUUUUAUACGUGUAGCCUAUAAAGCAUUUUCAUUAUGCGUAUGAGUGUUUUCAAUUUAACUGUUUUUUAUUUUUUAUUCUACACUGUAAAAAACAAGAUAUUGAUUCACCGUAGAAUUGUAUGGCAACCAGCUGCAAUAGGAUUGUGAGUUUAUAUUUGGGCAUAUACUGUAGCUGAACCAAAAUACAUUCUUCCGUUGAAUUGUAUGUUCAACAUUAGAUUUUAGGAGUUGAGUGAACAUACAAUUCAACUUGAGAAUUUAUUCGACCUGUUUGCAUAUUUCCCAGUGUGCCUAUCGAGCGAUACCCAUGACUGUAUUUGUUUGCGACAGACACAUAUAUGUUGUAGUCAAUGGUUUUCAGUCUUGUAGCUUUCACCAAUUGUGUGUCUAAGUGAAUAUGUAGUUUUUUAAAUUAAACUCUUUAUGACAGUGCAUUACAUAAUAGAUACAUAAGGCCUUUCUUUGAGGGCUUAGUUACACCCUAACGCAGCAGUUUGAAACUCCUGGUUUACAGGCCACAUCACGCCUGCAAGUCACAUUAUGCUGGCUUGCAAAGUGAUGUGUAGUUCCUAUUGGAGAACAGCUAGAGUGAGGAUAUCCAACAAUUGGAACUUUUAAUCGUCUGCAUCCUGCAUUCAGAAAGACUUCUGGAGUAGGGAAGAUUGAUUAUUAAGACUACAGAAAUCAUAUAAACUGGAAUAGCCAUCUCAGAACUGGGUGCAAUAAGUCCAACUACUAACACACUGGAUUAGUUUAGAAAAAUGUAUAUUGUUUGUGUAGCAUAAGAUGAAUCAACCAAUCAAUCAAUGUGCAUGCAAAAACACAGGUAUUGAAACAAACAAUUCUGAAAAUCAACCUGCAAUAGAGCAUGCUGGGCAAUAUAAUAAUGAUGGCUGUGGUUUUGAGCAAAAAUUUACUUAAUUUUUUAAUCGGGAGGUGCUUAAUUUUUUCAUCAGGAGGUGCUGGAACAAAAAGUGAGCGCGUGAGGGGGGUGACUUGUGGAGUUCUGAGGUACCGGAACACAUGAGGAAAAAAGUUACCUUUAUAAUAAAGCAUUGCAUGCAUUUCAUUGCAUUUGCGUAGUGGCAUAGAGCAGUAGAGUGAAGGCACUUACAGAAGUUGCACACAUGGGGUACAUUUUUAGUAGCCUCGGGUCUGGAAAAAUAACGUGUAAUGUCAUACAAUUCUACAUAAUUUUACAUGACUGGAGACUUUGUCAGAAUAUUUUUUAAUACCGCACAAAUUAUCGAAAUGGCAGGCUACUUUGACACUGACAAACUAAGAAUCUGAGAUCAAUAAAAAUGACCUUGUCUUGAGUCCAUCAAUAGCCUCUAGUGUGUGGAGACAAAUAUUGUAGGCUACAAUAUGAGAAGGAAAUUAUCAUCCUAAAAGUGCUUUCCAGUUUCACUGACUCACCCAAUGAUGAGCAGCUCACUUGCUAGUGAUGGCCGGUGAGCUCGUGCCGAAAGCCUAUCUCUCAUUUGUAAAACAAUAUUUGGAAGUUGAUCAAAUAUUUUUGUAGCCUACAGCAUAGUCUUCUAUUUCCAAACCUGUGUUUUCCCUCGAUUGUAUUUGAAAUGUUGUGAAAGACCUGUUUUGCCUGCCUGCUGUUUCUUCAAUGACAGAUGUUCAUUCCGGACUGUAGGCUAUUCCUUGUUAUUGGGCUACAAUCCACAGCUAGGCAAGCUAUUGAUCCUCUGUGGCAAAAUUAUUGGCCUUCCCGGGCUGAAAAUCAAAUUUUUCACAUUGUUUUUUUGUGGGGACAGGAGAAUUAGGAGGUAAAUCGAAUUAACUUUGAUCACUUUUAUUCUAGUUUUUACAAUGCAAAAAGUUAACAUUAUUUUUCAUGCCAGGAGAGGUACCGGAUCUGGCCAAAUAGGUUCCGUGACAAAACAGUCCAAAACAGGGAGGUGCCGGAUCCUGUUCCGGCAAGAUCCGGCUCAAAUUAAGCACUGAAUUUAGGUCACUUCAGCAGUUUGUUGAGUAAACAAACUUUAACAUAUUAGCUCGAAUUCUUGUUUUGAAGUCCAUUCCACACACAGAAUAACGCAGAUUAAGCAAUUGUUUACGUAGUGUAGGACCUAUUUUCAUGGUACUGUAACUGUAUGAGCUGCAGUAUCUACAGCUACACUUUUUGAAAACAGAGUUCCAAAGGGGUUCUUUGGCUGUCCCCAAAGGAUAACCCUUUGAAGAACCCUUUUGGGCUCCAGGUAGAACCCUUUUGGGUUCUAUGUAGAACCCUCUGAGUGUAGUGUAGCCUACAGAUGUAAGAUCUUAAUUUGAGCCAGGUUGAUACAGCAGGAAAAUAAUCCUGCAGCAACAGGAAAUGUGAAUAAUUAUGUGGAUUAUAAUUAUUGGGCAUUUUUGUAGGGGUUGAUACAUUUUUCAUAAGGGAAAAUCAAGUCUGAAAUGUCAAAGUGGAAAUUACAAACUUCAGAAGACUUGUUAAUGUAAUGUAAUGCAUUGCAGGAAAGUUCAAGUUGAAAAUAUCCUGAAUUGCAGGAAAGUUCUCCUGCAACAGUGUGAUCAAAUUAAGAUCCUACAUCUGUAUGAUGCCCAUCACUCACAAGUGGGUGGUCCAAUGAGCAAGGGGCGUGUUCGACUGUUUUACCCCUCCUCUAUGGUAGAGAAAGUAUGCAAUGUUCCUAUAUGAUCCAGCUCCAACCCCCAUCAUACUUCAACUGGGGUAUUCGUGACUACGAGGAUACGACAGACAAACGUAAGAUCACACACAGACUGAGUGAGCUAGAGGAAAGGAGGGAGGGGGAGAGAGAAAGAAAGAAAGAAAGAUACAUAUUGUUAGUUCAUUCCAAGAUAAACUUUAUUCAAGGAACUGUCUGUAAGAUUAAGAAAUCGCAAGAAUAAAAUAUAUACUGAAUAGUAAACUUUCCUACAAUUCCAUCGGUGUUUUUAUUAGGUAGUCUAGUUUAACAAUAAAACCAGCUGGUGGGAGCAAGCCCAAUGUUAGUCCUGCUCCAUUGGACACCAUACCACUGCUCUAACCUAUAUUUUAUGUUGUCUGCCCCCCCUAACCCUCUGCCCUGAGGCCUGAGCUCUGGCCAUCCAUGCCCACACCCCCAUCUUACUGCGCUGGUGGACAGACACAGGGAUGAGCAACAGCGGGACCAAGGAGCCGUCACCACAGCCAGGCGUGGCCCAAUCACCUAACUCUACACCUCCACGCAGGGGCCGGGGUCGCCCACGGAAACAACAGGAGGAGCCCACUGGCCCCCCAACUCCAAAGAGGCCGAGAGGACGACCCAGAGGAAGCAAGAACAAAGGCCCUCGUGCCACACCCAAGGAAAUAGAGCCUGUCGGGGAGAGAAGACCAAGGGGCCGGCCAAGGAAAUGGCCUCAGAGAGUAGUUCAAGAAGUCGUCCAGGAACAGCAGGGUCCUUCAGAAGAAACCGAGGAGGGCCCCUCACAGUCACAGUUUUUACCCACUGAGGCUUCGCCAUCUCACUCUCCAGGCCAGGAAGAAGCAGAGGGGGAAUAGACAAUGUGCCACAGUACUACCUCAAGGUUUGGGCAGAGACAGAGGUGUAUACUCUUAGAAAAAAGGGUUCCAAAAGGGUUCUUUGUCUGUCCCCAUAGGAGAUCCCUUUUGGUUCCAGGUAGAACACUUUUUGGUUCAAGGUAGAACAUUUGUAAGUUCCAUGUAGAACCUUCUGUGGGUUCUACAUGCAAACAAUAAGGGUUCUAUGGGGACAGCCAAAGAACCCUUUUAGGUUUUAGAUAGCACCUUUUUUUCUACGAGUGUAUAAUCCAACCACUGUCAUGAGGAUCUAAAACAACAGAUAAUAUCCCUGCUUUGUAGAACAGUAGGCCUGGCUGUGUUAUUGUACCUGGGGUCUAUCCAGCCCUGAGGCUGGGUCAAUGAUGGACAUAGCUUUGGUCAGUUGAUUGAUUACUAAGGAUUUGGUCAAUCCGUGCAACAAUUCAGUUUGACUGCCCAAACCCUUUCUCAUGAAUGAGAUUGGUUGAUGCUGUGUGUUUUUGUGUGCGUGCGUGCAUGUGUGUGAGCACGUACGUGUGUAUGUGGUGGUGGUGAUGAUGGUGGGGAAGGGUUUUCAAAAGAAAAGGAUGCAUUUCAAACAGCGGCUACUGGGACAAGAGGCAUGACCCAAUUUACGUUAUGUCUGUCCUGAUUGUGAAGAAACACAGGGAUAUUUUGUUAGAUAUAUAUUUGAAUGGGAAUACAUUUUACAUUACCAUUAACAUGAGCUGAUAUAAGUCUAAACUCAAGUGUCCAAUUGACAUGACAUCGGACCAUUAACAUGAGCAGAUAUAAGUCUAAACUCAACAGUGUCCAAUUGACAUGACAUCGGAUCAUUAAUAUGAGCAGAAAUAAGUCUAAACUCAACAGUGUCCAAUUGACAUGACAUCGGACCACACUCAGGUUUUGUAUUUACCUUUAUCUUCUCAAUACACUCAUUAAAACCUCAGGUAUUUUGCCUUAAUGUAGCUAUGCAUUUAGCUAUUCAGGAACAUAUCAUUCUACUCAGUUAUGAUAUUAUUCUAUUUUAUUGUGUAUUUCUGAUUUGUUUUUUGACAUUCACAAUAUGACUUGACACACAAACCUCAUUCAGACCUCAACUCACCUCAGUCCCUUUACCUUUCAGUCUACCUCAGUCACGGAAAUCAGAGGACUCUUAUAGCCUCUCCCCAUACCAAAAAAACGAACACACACACACAUACCUACUCAGGAUACUCCCAUGCGUACUGUACCCGCUAGCCUCACACUCUCCCUCCCACUCCCAUGCUGACAGACUCUUUAAGUGAAUCCCAGCAGAAGCCUUUAGUGGCUCUGAUGAAAUGCCUGUCUUGAGAAUGGGUCUAUCUACAGUACCUGGGUUCAAAAUGACCCAAUAUUUGACUGUUUGCUGUAGUUUUUACUUCUGUUUUAUUUGUUCUAUAACAACCUCUGUGAACCCUUACGUGUUCCCCUCUUAGCUUUUUACAUAAGAUACGUCAUUUCAUUUCAUGUUCUCACAUUCACACUGCAGACGUUAGAUUAACAACCAUACCAUUUGAUGAAUUGAUGUCAGUGACAUGUGAGACAUGAAAUAGUGAGAUAAAAGUUAACAUUUCGUUUUUUGGGCUCUUCCUGUAAUGUAUUUCUGGAGAGGGUGGACAGGUCCACAUACAGUCUUUUUCUGUCAGUUGCAAGUUUCUAACCUAAACUCUGUCUUUUUCUUAUUACUUCACGUCUUUGGCUGGAAUUACUGUUUGCCAUGUGGACUACGUCUGAAACAGGUCUGUUUUUGGCACUGAGCACUGUCCCAGAGGGGUGGCUGACUGAUUUUAGCUUUGCUUGUCCCAUGUGAUCUUAUGAGACCUAUAGAACAUAUAUCUGCUGUCCACUCAUCUCACUAGGUUCAUAACAGCAUAUCGUACAGGUAAAUCAACCCGAAGUACUGCAUUGUGAUGUCAGUAAAAGUGCCUCCUAACCUAACUUCAUACCUCAGCAACGUCAGGAUAUCCACUGUCUAUAUGAUAUUGACAGUGUUGCUCUAUGAGCUUACUGAUAUAGAUACAGUAUAUUCAGUGUGUGUGUGUGUGUAUAUAAGUACACAUAUCUUAGGAGUUUGUCAUGUGCUUGUUGUAAUGCUUUAUGUACAAGGGCUUUUAAAUAUUGAGUAGUGUAGUUGGGUCCUGUUAUCUCGUAACAUCUUCAGUUUUUAAGCUUUUCAUAUUUUUUUGCAACAUUUGGAAAUGUGUCCCUUUCAUUUCAGUCUCCUUGAUCAUGUACUUCAUGAAGAUUUAUUUUCAAUGUAAUCCAUUUGAACUUGAAUACACAACUCAAAAUGGUGUUUUUUAGUUUGCCUCUGAUCUGUUUCGCUUUAUGGUGUGUUUUUGCAUGAGUAUAGAGGUGCUGCUUGGUCUGUCUGUUACCAAUAAAAGUAUCACAUAGC